AUGAAACAAAUAAUUAAGAAAAUUGAACGUUUUAACAAAAAGGCUACAAAAUUUAAAUUUCGAAUUGAACCACAACAAAUGACUAUUGAAACCGAUGAUAAAUGGUAUCCAGAUCAAGUAUUUCUUGUUUGUCAACACAAAAAUAAACGUUUUACUUCACAACCACGAAAAUUAGAAUCUAGCUGUACAAUUGCUUGUCGACGUCUUGUUGUAUGGCCAGAAUCAAUGCCUCCAGACCCAAUUGAAUUUGAAACAACUUUAUUUAAUUUAAAUUCUGAUUUAUUUGAAGACAAGAUUUGGACUUUAAUUUUGGAAGGUUCUAUGACUAAAUUAAGAGGAGAAAAAUUUAAAUUAAAACAAAGACCUUUGGCCUCAACAGAAUUAAAUAUGAAAAAUCUAAUUAGUCAACCAGGAAUGAAAGCUGAAAUUAAUGUUGUAAUGAGGCCUUUACAAGAAGGGAUUAAAUUUUGUAAACUUGAAAUGAUUUUAAUUACUGUUAGAUCUUUUGAAGAAGAAUAUUUUAAUACUCCAAUUGUCCCUUCUUUAAAUAAUUCUCCACAAAAAAUUCUUUUGGAAGAAAAAAAUAUUUCUUUAUAUGUUGAUGAUAAUAAUCAAAAACAACAAAAACAACAACAAUUUAUUCAAAAUAUCGAUCAAGAUGAUGGAAAUAUUAAAAAAACUUUUCAAAAUACUCCUUUAGAGCCUUCAAUUAUUAUUACUAAAAACAACAAUAUUUCUUCAAAAUCUUUGGAAAUAUUUAAUGAAAAACAAAAUGUUAACAAAGAAAUUAAUCAGAAUGAGAAUAUUAAAGAAAUUUGUGAGAACGGUGUUGAACAAAAUGGGAAAUUUAUUGAAAAUAAUCAUUAUCAAUUAAUUAAUGAAACAAAUAAUUUAUUUGAACAAAAAGAAUUUAAAACAACAAUUCAAAAUCUUCCUUCUUCUUCUUUUACUCUUCCACCUACUUCUCCUCCACAUCCUCCUCUACAUCCUUCUCCUCAUCCUUCUUCUUCUACUACAACCCCUCAACAAAAUAUUUUAUAUACAAAUAAUCGUUCUUCUAUAAGGCCAAUACCUCCAAAUAAAGCUGAAGUACAAGCACUUGCUGCCCGGUUUAUUGCUUCAAAAAGGCCAGAUAUGGUUUUAUUCAAAACUCCAACAACUUCUUCGGCAAAAUCUCCAAAAGUUGUUUUAAUACCCCCUCCAAUAGAUAAUGAUUCAAAUGUUUUACUUGAAGAGGGAAGGAAAAUAAGUAGUGAAUUAAAACAAAUUAAACAAAAAAUUGGAGAAAUUGAAGAACAAGACGAAUUAGUUAAAUUAAAAACUUUGGAUUAUGAGAGAGGUAGUGAACAAGAAAUUGAAAUUAUUGAACAUCAUCAAAGGCUUGUAGGAGAAAAAGAACAACUGUCAAGACGUCAAGAUUAUUUAAAUUUUAAAUUAGAAUUAUAUGAAGUUGACUUUAAAAUUAUUAAUUUACGUAAACUUUUGGCAACAUCUGCUGGGGAAAAUGAAGAAAAUUUAAAUAAUGAAGUGGAUGGAGAAAAUAUUUUAAUUAAUGGCCGUAGAGAUAGUAAUCAAAUGUUGAUGGAAUUGAAAGAAUUUAUGGAUAUUAAAGAUGAAUUGACACAUAAAUUAAGCGAUUUGGAAGCAGAAGAUGAGGAAGGUAUUGAAAGAAGUAAACUUAUUUUGGAACAAACAAGAAAUCAAAAUUUGAAUUUCCGUCGUGGUACUCAAGACCCAUUAAAUGUUUCAAAACGAUUAAUGGGUUGGUUAAAUGGAAUGGAACAACGUUUUAGACAAUAA